AUGGAGCACGAUCAAUUCGAGCAGGCCAUGAACUUCAAUGUACAAAAGUACAAGGGCGAGGACUACUUGACCUUCUGGACGAAAACCAAGAAGAAACGUCACUCGAAGCAUUCCAAAAAGUCAUACGUGCUGCUUAACUCUUCUUACGAAGUUGUCCAUCGGGUACACCCCCAUGGUGCUGGUCUCAAGGCGGACUCUCAUGAGUUUCGCAUCACUCCGCAAGGCACUGCACUUAUAACGAUACACCAUAAACACCAAGCAGACUGCACGGAGUUGGGGUUGGGCAAGAGCUGCUGGGUUCAGGACGGACAAUUCCAAGAAAUCGAUAUCGAGACGGGCGAUCUACUUUUUGAAUGGAAAGCCACAGACCAUAUCCGUAUGAGCGAUGUAUUUAGCAGCCCUUCUCGCAAGGAUGGAUAUGGAAAAUCGAAAAAGGACGCCUUUGAUUUUUUCCACAUCAACAGCGUCGACAAGACAGAUUCGGGGGAUUACCUCAUCUCAGGCCGUUACAUGCACGCCGUAUUGUGCAUCAGUUCGAAGACAGGCGAAAUCUUGUGGCAGCUCGGCGGCAAGAACAAUCACUUUGAAGACCUCAACGGGGCCACCGAUUUCGCCUGGCAACACCAUGUGACGUGGCAGGGCAACAACACGAUAUCGCUUUUCGACAACCACGCCAACAACGUCUUUCACAACCCCACCGCACACAGCAAGGGCAUGCUGAUCCACCUUGACAUGGAGAAGAUGACUGCCACCCUCCUGCAGGCGUUCGUCCACCCAGACAAGAUUCUCAAUGUGUCCCAGGGCUCUGUGCAAGUGCUUCCGGAGAGCGGCAACGUACUCGUUGGAUUCGGCAACUCGCCCACCUACGUCGAGUACUCGGCCGAGGGCAAGAUGCUCUGCAACGCACACUUUGCACCCCACCUCGUAUUUGAGAUCAUCGACUUCGGGCUGGUAAAAUCGUACCGCGUGUUCAAGCAUCCGUGGGUGGGGAGACCCAAAACAGUCCCGGAUGUGAAGGUGAAGCGGGGAAAGGUAUAUGUGAGUUGGAAUGGAGCGACGGAGGUUACGGGAUGGAGGCUGGAGACGGCCAGGGCGGUAGAGGCCAAGGAUCACGAGUUUGUCACAAUGCAAGAAGCGAAACGCGACGGGUUCGAGACGAGCUUUGCGCUCCGAAAGAACCACAGAUACGUGAGGGUCGCGGCCUUGGACGCAUCGCAUGGUGUGAUGGCAUACUCGGCGGUGGUCAAGACGCCUUCGCCUUCUCUCGCAUUCUGGUCCAUCUUCUUCCUGGUCUUCGGCUGCAUGGUCUUGGGCUUCGGCUUCCUGGGCCUCGUUUUCCUGUACGGCAAAUUCCCAGAACUUCCGCGUCCUCCAAAGCUGUCUGGCCUCAGAGCCCGCCUGGGCGCCGCCGUGGCAGGCAAUUAUCGCGAGCAUAACCCCGAGUCCGAGCCUCUGUUGUUGAACGACAGAGAUCCCUGA